CAAAUUUGACCAAUAGUGGUGGAAGGGCGGACAUGUGCAUGAUUGGCGGCUAGCGUUCUCCAAUGAAAACUGGGGGCGUGGGUGGGCGGAGCCGGAAGUAGAGCCAGCCGAGAGCCCCCUGUCCGGCUGGGGAGGAGAGAAGGGGGAGGGAACUAGAGGAGGAGGAGGAGGUUAGCUGAGGCAGCUACAGCGGCGGCGGCGCAGGGGUUGGUACGCGCUGGGCGGCGAGAGCCUCAUGGCGGAGGAAGAGAGCGACCAGGAGGCCGAACGCCUCGGAGAAGAGCUCGUGGCCAUUGUAGAGUCCCCGCCAGGCCCAGCCGGGCUUAGAGCUGCGGGCGACGGCAGAGGCGGCGCUGGCGGCGGCAGCUGCGGUGGUGGCGGCGUCGGGAUCAGCAGUCGGGAUUACUGCCGACGCUUCUGUCAGGUGGUUGAAGAUUAUGCUGGAAGAUGGCAGGUCCCUUUGCCACAGCUUCAGGUUCUUCAGACGGCACUUUGCUGUUUUACAUCAGCCAGUGCAUCAUUCCCAGAUGAAUGUGAGCACGUACAAUAUGUUUUGAGUAGCCUUGCUUUGAGUUUCUUUGAGUUGCUGCUGUUCUUUGGAAGAGAUGAAUUUUAUGAAGAACCCUUAAAGGAUAUUCUUGGAUCUUUCCAGGAAUGCCAGAAUCACCUCCGCAGAUAUGGAAAUGUGAAUCUGGAACUGGUGACUCGAAUCAUUAGAGAUGGUGGCCCAUGGGAAGAUCCUGUGUUGCAAGCUGUUCUAAAAGCCCAGCCAGCAUCUCAGGAGAUAGUGAACAAAUAUUUAAGUUCUGAAAAUCCACUAUUCUUUGAACUACGUGCCAGAUACCUAAUUGCUUGUGAACGCAUACCUGAAGCAAUGGCUCUUAUUAAAUGUUGUAUAAAUCACCCAGAAAUCAGUAAAGACUUGUACUUCCAUCAAGCACUCUUCACCUGUCUGUUUAUGUCACCUGUAGAAGAUCACCUUUUCCAGGAGCAUUUACUGAAAACUGAUUGUAAGAGUGGAAUUGAUAUCAUCUGUAACACUGAAAAAGAAGGCAAGACUAUGUUAGCCUUGCAACUCUGUGAAUCCUUUCUUAUUUCACAGCUCCAGAAUGGGGAUAUGUACUGUAUCUGGGAGUUGAUUUUCAUAUGGAGUAAACUUCAGCUAAAGUCUAAUCCUUCAAAACAAGUUUUUGUAGAUCAGUGCUACCAGCUCUUAAGAACAGCAACUAAUGUGAGAGUCAUAUUUCCUUUCAUGAAAAUCAUUAAAGAUGAGGUUGAAGAAGAAGGCUUACAAAUUUGUGUUGAAAUAUGUGGUUGUGCUCUACAACUAGAUCUUCAUGAUGAUCCCAAAACUAAAUGUCUAAUUUAUAAAACAAUUGCACAUUUUCUACCAAAUGAUUUGGAGAUUCUCAGGAUUUGCGCACUCUCGAUAUUCUUUCUUGAGCGCUCCUUGGAAGCUUAUCGUACUGUCGAAGAGCUUUACAAACGCCCAGACGAGGAAUACAAUGAAGGCUCAAGCAGUGUUCAGAAUCGCGUUCGUUUUGAAUUACUUCCAAUUUUGAAAAAGGGAUUGUUUUUUGAUCCUGAAUUCUGGAACUUCAUAAUGAUUAAGAAAAACUGUGUAGCAUUACUGAGUGAUAAAUCAGCAGUUAGAUUUCUAAAUGAAAGUGCACUGGAAAAUUCUACAGGUAAUGUAAAAAAGGCAUUGGAUCAGCACGGUUUAGAGGAAGGGCUUGACUCUCUUACAGAUCAAAGCACUGGAGAGCUUGAUCCUGAUGAUAUAUCUGGAGUGCAACCAAAAGGCCCUAUUAAUGCAAAGAAAAACCUUACAGCUCUUAAUGCUUCCAGAGUAGAUCACAAUGUCCCAAGGCAUCGGUGUAUGUUAUGUAACAAGGAAUUUUUAGGUGGUCAUAUUGUAAGGCAUGCCCAGGCUCAUCAGAAAAAGGGCAGUUUUUCAUGUGUGAUAUGUGGCAGGAAAUUUAGAAACAAAGGACUUAUGCAGAAGCAUUUAAAGAAUCACGUUAAGAAAAUACAGAGACAGCAAAUUGCUGCAGCUCAGCAAGAGGAUCAAGAAAGUCCUGCUUUGGAAGAAAUGAAUUGUUCUGAUACUUUCAUUUCAUUUGAAAAUGGGAAUUCUGAUAAUAAGGAUUUGGAAGUAGAGACUAUUACUGGUUCCAGUGACGGAAAAAAAGACGUCAUCCCUGCACAUGUGGGUGAAUUCACUGAAAUUCCUGUCAGUGUAUCAGAAGAUGUUAUUGAAAACAUUACUGAAAAUGGCAGCCCUGAUACUUCUUUAAAUAAUGUCUCAGAGCCAUUACCUAUCUGUGUGGAUGACUAUGAGGAGGAAGAAGAUGAGGAAGGUGAUUAUGAAGAAGAUGACUAUGACCUGAAUCAAGAAAGUUCAGUACUUCAUAAAAUCAAUGGAGCUGUGUGUCAUCCAAAAGACAUAUAUGCAACAGAUCAAGAAGGAAAUUUUAAGUGCCCUGCUCUUGGCUGUGUCAGGAUAUUUAAACGAAUUGGAUUUCUGAAUAAGCAUGCAAUGACUGUACAUCCAACUGAUUUAAAUGUGCGGCAAACAGUAAUGAAGUGGAGCAAAGGAAAAUGCAAAUUUUGUCAAAGGCAGUUUGAAGAUUCUCAACAUUUUAUAGAUCACCUUAAUAGACACAGCUAUCCAAAUGUGUAUUUUUGUUUGCAUUUUAAUUGCAAUGAAUCAUUUAAGCUGCCAUUCCAACUUGCUCAGCACACAAAAAGUCACAGGAUAUUUCAAGCUCAGUGUAGUUUUCCAGAAUGCCAUGAGCUUUUUGAAGAUCUUCCUCUGCUAUAUGAACAUGAAGCUCAGCACUAUUUAAGUAAAACACCAGAAUCAUCUGCACAACCAAGUGAAACAAUUCUUUGGGAUGUUCUUACAGACGCAAAAUCUAAUCAUCAGGAAAAAGACUCAUCUGGUAAUGAGAGACAGACUAUUAGUCUGCCAGUUUCUACUAGCAAAUCAAGGAAAGAUAUUACAGAACCAAAGACAUGCAUAGAAAGCAUGGAAAAGAAAACAGACCGUUUAAUUCAGAAUGGAAAUGAACAUUCUGAUGACACUGUUUCUGAUACAAGCUUGACAGACCAAAAGAUGCCUGACAUAGAGCCAAAUUCUGAAAAUAAUUGUAGUAUUAAUGAUUUAGUCAAUGGACACAGUGGAAUAGAGCAAACACCUUUAGUUUCAUCAGAUCCUGCUUUCAAAAUUGAUACAAAUAGAAUCAGGACAGAAAACGGUUCCAUUUUACCCAGUGUUGUACCACAAGAACACAGUACCCUGCCAGUAUCUCAGGCACCUUCCAAACCAAAUCCGACGAGCGAACAUACUUCAUAUGGCUUAAUUUUAACAAAGCCAUAUGUCAGACCAUUGCCUCCCAGUUACCUUGAUGAACGGUACCUUAGUAUGCCAAAACGCAGAAAAUUUCUGACUGAUAGGGUAGAUGCUUGUUCUGAUCAAGAUAACGUUUGUAAAAAAUCAGUGAAAAGAUUAAGAUGUGGCAAAUGCCUGACCACCUACUGUAAUGCAGAAGCACUUGAGGCUCACCUUGCACAAAAGAAAUGUCAGACCCUCUUUGGAUUUGAUUCAGAUGAUGAAAGUGCCUGAUAAAAAUGUUUCAGAAAGAUCUGUCGAUCAAGCAGUAGUGUGCAAAAAGCACUACAAGAAAAUGCAUCAUCAGUUUGCUAUUUCCCUGAUGGCCUUAAUUUUAGAGCGAUCUUGGAUUACUAAAGAUAAAGACAAAGCACAUUUUCUAGAAUGAACCCACAGAGGAGAUGUGCUGGUUUAGACUCCAAAAGGGUUAUUACAAAACUCCCAAAGUACCAGUUAUCCAGAAAAACCACAUUUUUUUUUUUUUUUAAAGAAGUUGAUGAUGAUCAAUAGCAGCAUGUUCAGUUUCGCUUAUGUGAGAAACAUGUUUAGGCAACUAGUCAAAAAGGAUAACCAGCUAUGGCCUUACAGAAAGGGAAAGACAAACCCAUUAUAUAUAUAUAUGUACAUAUAUAUAUAUAAAAGAAGGAAUGGUUUACAAUAAACAAUUUACAGUAUUCUACAAAUAGGAUUCUUGUCAUGCAUAAUCAGAUUUUGUCCUUCUUUUGGGUCAAACAUGCUUCAAGGAACCAUUUCUAUUUGGUUUAUUAUUAUUUAGAAACUGAUAGAAUAAAACUUGACUUAUCACCAUCCUAGCCAUAAAAGAUUGUAACUUGUUUCCAAAGGAUUGAUUAGGUCAGAGUUCAGUGAAUGGCAUGCCAGCAUUGAAAAUUAACAGGAGACAAAACAAUAGUGCUUUGCUAAUGAGCUCUUGACAGAACCUCCCACUUUCCAUUUUUAUAAUACCAACGAGCUGUAAAGCAGCAGCCUCAAUAGAAAACAUAUUAUCAGUAACUCUGGGGAGAGAUGGGAGGAAUGUAAGACCAUUAAAGGCUGUCUUAGAUGUCUUAGUUGAAAGAAAACACUGAAUUGCAAAUUUUUCAAUGUGAAUAAUGGUAUAAGCACACUGGGAUAUUUCUAUUUGUAUAUAGAGUAGUGUUAGGACAUUGCUUGAUGAUUCAUAGUAAGGUCCUUUAGACAUUAAUGUGAAUUAUCUAAGUACAGUCCUAUGAAAAUAACUGGCUGUAAAAAAAAAAAACAUGCAGCCAAGAAUCAGGUCAAGAAUUCAUUGGUUUUAUUCAAUUAGGAGAGUUUAUUCUAAAAUAAGCCAUAUUACUCAUGCUUUCUUAUUUAUUUCUGAUAAAUUUGGCCUGAAUAGUAAUUUUUAUAUAUAAAAGGAAAUAUUUACACAAAAACUUGCACAGCAAGAACACAGUAAGAUAUAUUGAUGCAUUUAUUUUCUUUGAUGACCAGUAAUUUUCCUAAGGAAGAUUUUAACUUAAUAGCCAAUAAAUUGUUUAAAAAGUUUUUAAAAAUACCCUCUCAGAUGUGUUCCACUUGUAUAGUCUUUAAAAGAAGAAGCUUAAAGACUUCCUUUUACCUAAUAGGGUAUUAAUCUAUAGCAGGGGUAAGAUGAACAAAAGCUGCAAAGGUAGAUUCUUUAAAAACAGAGCUAUUAACAUACAAAUAUGUCAACCAAAUAUUCCAGUUAUUCCAACUGGUCUUAUUCUUGUUCAAAGUAUAUAAUCUCAUCAGACCCUACAUUUUAAAUUUUGGGAUAUUAAAGCUUAUUGAAUGAAGCUACUAAGGAAGUGAGACUUUUCUUCAUGGACAGGAUCCAGACUUUAUUAAAUUAGGAUUUCCAGGUCAUGAUAAAUCAGACAUCUAAAAUAAUGUCCCAAUUUUAUUAGUUUAUUUAUCACAGGCAUUUACUACUAUGCAAUUUAUAGUCAGCAGUCCAUUUCAGUCAAGUCAGGUUUUUGUUUUGUUAUGUAGCCUAUAUUAGGCUAUGGAUUUUACAUUUAAAUAACAUAAGAUAAACAACUUGAUCAGAUGUUUAUGUCUUUUAAGGAUAUAAAGAAAAAAACAUUUUCCAUGCUUCCUGAUACUAAAAUAUAAUACUUGAGUUCUAUUUCAGUUCAGUCAUGUAUUAAAAAAGCCUGUUUGGAAACUAGUUCAUACGGGCAGUGAAGUUAUUUUGAAAUAUUUCUGCUUUGUAUGUUUUCCAGAAGUUUAAAACCACAGCUUAACAUUUUAUCACAUUUUUAACUUUUUAUUUUUUUAUAAGUUGUAACUAUUGACAUAAAUUCAUGUCUGCAAAUUGUUUUCAUUCAUUCUGUAGUUCAUACCAAAAUGUUUUAAACAUAUUCCACAUGUUAUUUUUUUGUCUUUAAUUUGAGGUUUUAUUUAUACUUUUGUUUUGCUAAGGGAAAACUUUCUGAAAGACUGAGUUCAAAUUGGUUUAUACAUCAAGGGAUUGUUAUAUAAAAUUCUGUUGGACCACAUUGUUCUAAUUCUAACCUCUUUACUUAUCAAAUGAUUGCUAUUGAAAGAAUAUGUGCAUUUUCUUAUGUAUGCCUUAUAAAACUUACAUCAUUUUGCUUUUACGAGGUGCGUAAACUUCCAACAGUUUUAAUGUGAGAUUCAGAAGACAAGGAAGCUUUCUUCUUAUUCCUCAAAAUCUUUUUUUUCUCUACUCCUUCUAUUUUAAGGAUGUGUUUAUCUUACAUGGACCAGAUUUCAAUCCUUCAUUGUCAAAUAAAAAUUUCCAUUGAAAUAUUAAAUACUAGCUUUCUGCUAUGUUUCAGUAAGGUCAAAAGAAUAGCAAAUCUGAAACUUUGCUGCUCAGAUAUUAUGGAGAAGAUAGAAAAGGAGACCCUUUGUGGACAAGGACACUGGUACUUUGGGCUUUAGCCAUAUUUUUUAUUUUCUUUUAAACCACCAAUUAUAUAAUGAAAAGAUAACUUAUAACAUCAAACUUGUGAUUCUUUUCAAAUCACACUUGAAAGUACAGCCGUACUCCUUUCAUAUUUGGUUCAAACUGUAGUAUGGGUGAAAAACCUAAAAAGAAUGGUAGUGUUUAUUUUUUAAUUUAUUUGGUACUGUAAAACACCUUUUCAGAAUGACUAAAUGCUGCAUAUGCAUUUUGGAAUUGUUAAUAUGUGAAAGGUAUUACAGAUUCAGCAAGAAAGGAAAUUUGUGCUUCCUUGUUGAACAUUAAAUUAUUUUACUUUGCAUUUUAUAAGAGUACAAAUUAAAACUGAGCCAUUGAACUGCAAUAAAUCAACAAUAGUGUCUCAUUUCAAGAAAUUUUUUGUAUUGUACAUAGAUUUGUUCAAUAAAACAUUGUCCUUGUUGGUAA